AUGCCUUCCGCACGAGGAUACAUUAAGGGUGUUGCCGGAGGAAGCAAGUUCACUUCGACAUUCCUUAUCGAUGAUGUUCAGUACCACUUCAGUGGAACCAUCAGCCCGGCCGUUCCAGACUUCACAUCCAACGAAGCGACUCUGGAAUAUGAGUCACUUAGGAGUUUGACUAGCAAUCGCGAUUUUGAUGGCACGGUCGGAACUCAAUCCAUCACGCUCGAAGUUGCCAAUGGAACCAAGCUCACUGGCCAAUUCGAUCGACCAAUCAGCCCUGCGUCCUCGGUAUCUGGAACCGGGACUUGGUCGCAGAACUAG